UUAUGUUCUUUAGUGCUGACAUGCCAUCGGUGUGGUUCCAAACGCCUCCAAAGAUAACAAAAAACUCAAUAUAAAUUUACGUCGACCUAAAGACCACAAGCUUUUAAUAAAUUUUGUGUCUCACAUAAGGCAAAAGCUUGCGAGUACAGAGCUUGGUUUUCCUCUUCCCGCCCCAAUUUUAGGGGAGCAUUCUGCCUCUAAUUUCCGUCUAAUAAAGAUCGAAUUAAAAGUGCAUUCAUCUUCGUGGGGAUCGAUUGCUGGUCGGUUGCAAGGAUAGUAUUUGAAGAGAUUUGAUGUAUUGUAGAGGAAUGAAGGAAGGACGCUACAUAUGCACAACAUGGAGAAAAAUGGCAGAGAUGGAGAUGACAUUGGCUCUGGGUGGCUUGAAGUCAAGAAGAAGCACAGAUCAAAUACCAAACUCUCCAUUGCCCAGAGUAUUGGCUCUGGCAUAGCGCGCCCUGAGUUGUUGAGGAAAGGACAAGUGGGAUUUUCACAGAAUCACACUUCAAUAUCUGGGCAAGGAAGGCAAAUUUCCUCUAAUAAAUCUUCAAGUUCAAGGAACCCACAAAAAAAUGAAAAUGAUGAGAGAAAUGAACUUAACAAAAAGACAAUGCUUGAAAACAAGGAAUCGGAUAUCAGAGUACAAGUUCAUAAUUCGCAAGUCCUCGAAGAGGAAACGGUCAAGAAAAUAGUUGAGCAUUCGCUUCAAUUUGGUGAAAUUAAGCCUUCUGUUCAGGCAAUUGGUGAUUAUCUGGAGAAUGUUGAAUUGAAAGACAGGGCAACUAUAAGAAAGCAUGUUCAGGAGAAUUGUGUAAGAGACACUUCUAAUAUUGUUAACCUUGAGGUAGUUUCUCCAAUUGCACAGGUUCCCAAAAUUAAGUGGGGGAAUCUUGAAGAAGAUGAGCUGAAAGGAACUGACUCCACAGUGAUGGGCACUGAACUAAAUAAGCAUCAAAAUCUGGAUGGUCUUUAUAUGGUGGAAGAUAAAAGGCCCUUAGUUGUAAGUGCUGCCCAUGUUAUUAGCAAGAAAAAUGACUCCUCUGGCCGGGAAACUUCAAGAAUUGCAGAAGAGAUGGAAGAAGCUGUAUUUAGUGAUGCGUCUUGUGGCAAUUCCAAAAUGGCAUCGGUUAAUUCAGAGAGUGACAUGUUAAUGGAAAGUUCCAUGGAUAUACCUGGAAAAUCUGAAGUUUCUGUUAAACAACUCAAUGAAAAGUCUACUGAGAUUGAAGAGUUUUGUAAGGUACAGGGGGACAGCUCCAUCCAAAAUGAAUCUGCAAAAGUUGAUGAAUGUCGAAGCAAACCAUUAUCAAUUUCAGAUGAAACUGAACUGGCAUCUAGUCAAGAUCCCAAUUCUGGUUCCAAGGAUGAUUGUUGUUAUUCUUUGGAAAUAACGAUUCCAAACAAAGUAUCUGCUGCAAGUGAAGAAAUUCAGGAAUCUGUCUCUCCAAUAGAUAAUAUAGAUGGUUAUGAAGGUAGGGAAAAUUCACCCAAAUUUGAAAAUAUAAGUACAGCAGAGGACACCAAUACUACAAAAGAUACAAUGCAAUUGAGAGCCCCAGCAGAGAUCAUAAGUGCAGAUUCUCAGGUAGAUAGGGAGAAGUUUAACGAGGACAGAAGCAUUGCAGAAAACUUGUUGAUAAAUGCAUUUGAGAAAGGAGAAACAGGAGAGAGCAAAGAGAGGUUUAGACAGCGGCUUUGGUGUUUUCUUUUUGAAAACCUGAAUAGAGCUGUUGAUGAACUUUAUCUUUUAUGUGAAUUAGAAUGUGACGUGGAACAGAUGAAAGAGGCAGUUCUUGUGCUUGAAGAAGCACAGUCUGACUUCAGAGAACUAAAAACUAGAGUUGAUGGAUUUGAUAAAGCAAGAGAAUCCUCUUUUGCUUCCCAAACUUUGUCAAAUGCAACAACUGUCAGUGCAAAGGUUGAGCACCGUCGACCUCAUGCUCUUUCUUGGGAGGUACGAAGAAUGGCAAGCUCACCACGCAGGGCAGAAAUACUUUCUUCAUCCCUUGAGGCCUUCAAAAAAAUUCAAGAAGAAAGUGCAAGUAAAAAUGCAACUCGCUCGAGUAAGAGAAGAGAUACCACUUAUCCUCCAUUGGCACAAAGCCGUAGGGAAAAUGUUCCAGGGAAAUCGUCUGCAACAGCACGUGACUCAGUGCCGACUUCUAAAGAAGUUAGUGCAAAGCUGAAAGGAAAGCAAAUAUAUAAUUCUGAGUCUGGAAACCGUGGCUCCAUGGGUGAAAAAAAGCAUGCUGAACUGGUUAAGUCAGCUAAAGAAAUCUCAUCAGAAGCUAGAAUGGUGCAAAAAAAUCCACAUUUUACAUCCCCUCAACUAUCAGGCAAGAGGGAAGGAAACUCAUCAACAUGCAAUGGUUCAAGUUCUAGUUCAAAAGUUGAACUUUUUAGGCCUGUUUCUGAAAUGGACGCAGCCAGUACUCGGCGAUUAAAAUUACCCUUGUCUGAAAAUCGGGCUAACAAGAACGGUAAAGGAGGUGAUCCCUUUCGGCGUCAAUCUGCUAUGGACAAAGAGAAGGACAGGAGACCAUUACUAACAAAAACAUUGGAUGCUUGGAAAGAGAAAAGGAAUUGGGAAGAUAUACUUGCAUCACCUCUGCGAAGCUGUUCUAGGACUGCUCAUUCUCCAAUUGUUAGCAGGAGAAGCACAGAAAGGGUUCGGGUUUUACAUGAUAAAUUAAUGUCACCUGAACGAAGGAGGAAGAGCCCUCUAGACAUGAAAAAGGAAGCUGAUGAAAAGCAUGCCCGUGCAACAAGGAUAAGAAGAGAGCUAGAGAAUGAACGAGCUCAACGCUUACAACGAGUAUCUGAAAAAUUGACUCGGGUUAGUGAGUUGCAAGCUGUAAGAAACUCCAAACUUCGAGAGGGCAUGCAUGCCCGGCAACAACGUGGUGAAUCACGCCAUGAAGCUUACCUGGCACAGAUUUCAAGAAGAGCAAGUGAUGAGAGCAAUAAAGUAAGUGAGGUUCGAUUUAUUACUUCUUUGAAUGAAGAGAACAAAAAGUUGUCAUUACGGCAAAAACUACAAGAUUCAGAGUUGAGAAGAGCUGAGCGUCUGCAGAAUAUCAAGAUUAAACAGAAAGAGGAUAUAGCUAGGGAAGAAGCAGUAUUAGAACGAAGAAAACUACUAGAGGCUGAGAAAUUACAGCGCCUUGCUGAAAUACAGCGUAAAAAGGAAGAAGCCUUAGCAAGAAGAGACGAGGAACGUAAGGCAGCCAGUGCAGCACGAGAAGCAAAAGCUGUGGAACAAGUCCGGAAAAAAGAAGUCAGAGCCAAAGCUCAACGUGAAGAAGCUGAACUUCAAGCACAAAAGCUAGCUGAGAGGUUGACUGAAAGUGAACUUCGACGGAAAGUCUACUUGGAGCAGAUACGUGAAAAAGCUUCCAUGGAUUUUCGAGAACAAGCAUCUCCCUCAUCACGGCGGCCAUCAAGUAAAGAUGGGCAGCAAAGAUCUGCAUUGAAUCAAUCUUCUGAAGGGUAUUCAGCAACUGCAGUCACUGGAUUCACAUGCGUUGCUACAAGUUCUUCUAGUAGUCUUUUACAGCAGCAGUCGUUUAAAAAGAGGGUGAAAAAAAUACGGCAGAGACUGAUGGCAUUGAAAUAUGAAUUUGUUGAACCUCCAGUGGGUAUUGAGAGCAAUGGGCUUGGCACAAUAGCAGUGGCAGGAGCUGCCAGAUUAAAAAUAGGAAGAUGGCUACAAGACCUUCAAAGGUUGCAGCAGGCCAGGAAGGCAGGGGCUGCAAGCACAGGCUUAAUAAUUGGAGAAAUGAUAAAGUACCUUGAAGGAAAGGAAGCUGAGCUUCAUGCGGCUCGCCAGGCAGGCUUACUUGAUUUUAUUGCUUCUGCACUUCCUGCCUCACAUACAUCAAAGCCAGAAGCUUGUCAGACAACAAUUUCACUUCUUCGAAUAAUGAAAGUGGUGUUAGCUUUAGCGGCCAAUCGCAGCUAUUUUAUAGCCCGUAAUUUAUUGCCCCCUCUUAUUCCUAUGUUGUCGACAGCUCUUGAAAAUUAUUGUACCAUUGCAGCAUCAAAUAACAGCUAUGCUGGUGUGUCAGGAAACACUAACACAUCAACUGAUAAAUUUUUUGAUGAGAAACUCGAAACAAUAGGUGAAGUGCUGGGAGGGCUUUUAUGGUCUGUCGCAGCUAUCAUGGGUCACACUUGCUCCGAUGAUCGUCAAUUGCAGAUGCAGGAUGACUUGGCUGAACUGAUUGUGGCUUGCAAAGUUAUUCACCAUUUGCGUGACUUGUUUUCUCUUUUUGAUAGACCUCAGAUAGAAGGGGCUCCUUUCCCAGCUCCUGUACUUCUGGGGCUAAAAUUAUUGGGAAUUUUGACGUGUAAGAGGGGAAAUCUUUCAUUUGAAGGCUGGGAAGCAUGCUCAACCCCAGUUGUUAUGUUACCUGCAAUACAGAAAUUUGAAUCUGCAGACAAUGAGGGAACUUUGGCUUCUGUGCAGGAUUCUUCUUCAGAGAAAAUAACUGAAUAUUAUCCAUUUGAAUGGAAUUCAAAGGAGGGAACACAGAUAUCUGAACCUGGUUUGAUCAAGAAAGAGGAGGCAAAGAGUGAACUGCCUGCAUUGGAGGAAAAUGAGGAGCUUAAGAAUGCUGUUUGUGAAAAUGUUGUAAACACCAAACAGUCAGAGUCAACUAGAGUAAAUAUGGCAAAUAUCAGCCCAGAAGAAGCUGCUACUUGGGAAUGGACAAAGUCAUGUAGCUCACAAAUGAAAGGUGGUGGAAAAUCAGCAGAAGAGGCAAAGACUGAGCCAGAUAAUACUUCAUCAGAAAAGGUUGAUGACCAGAGGGUUUUGGCAAGAAACAGAAGUGAAAAAAUGCCAGGAGCAAUCACCAAUCGAUCUAUUGCAUUUUUGGUAUCAGUUAUAGCUGAAACAGGCUUGGUAGGUCUGCCAUCACUGUUGACUGCCGUUCUUUUACAAGCGAAUCCUCGAGCGAAUUCUGAGCAAGCAGCAUAUAUGCUUCCAGUCAAUUUUGAAGAAGUGGCAACUGGUGUUUUGAAGAUUAUGAAUAAUUUGGCUCACUUGAAUCUUAAUCUUGUACAAAGUAUGCUGGCAAGGCCAGACUUACAGAUGGAGUUCUUCCAUUUGAUGAGCUUCCUUCUUUCUCAUUGUACAGGCAAGUGGAAGACCACAACUGAUCAGGUGGCAUUACUAUUGUUCGAAACGCUUUUACUGCUUGGUUAUUUUGCGUUGCUUCAUUCCGGUAAUCAAGCUGUACUUCGUUGGGGGAAAAGCCCCACAAUACUUCACAAGAUAUGUGAUCUGCCAUUUGCAUUCUUCAGUGAUCCACAGUUAACGCCAGUUUUAGUUGGGACACUGUUAGCUGUGUGUUAUGGAUGUGAACAAAAUCGGGAUGUUGUUCAACAGGAGCUCAGCAUGGAUAUGUUGCUUGUCCUUCUGAAGUCUUCUAAACAAGAUUUACAGGCAUCUCCUGAUUCUAAGCAGAUGAUUGUUCCGAGGGUUGGUAUUCAACUAGAUGUCCAGUCAAAUUCUAUUUCUUAUCAGAGUGGAACUAUGGAUGUGAUAAUGGAAGAGUCAGAAGAGGAAAUGCAAAGCAUACAAGAAAAAGACACAUCUUUGAACUCUCAAGAAAUGUCAAGAAAGCUUCCUGCAGCUUCACCAGUUGCUGACAAUUUUAGUCUUUCACAUCAGCAGCCUAAUGCCAAGCCAUGCAAGAUUAGUCUUAUUUCAGAUCAUGCAAACAGCAUAAAAAGGUCAAACAGAAUUGUCAGUAAAUCAGCUUCACAGGGAGACUCUGCUUUAAAGGAAUCAAUUAGUACAAGAAUCAACACUACAGGUAAAGCUGCUAAGGGAAAGCUAGUUUCCUCUAACAAAGAGUUUUCAGCAAACCAAGGAAAAUGUUCGAGGGUGCCCAAUCCGGAGAGUGUCCAAAGAGCUCCUAUGUCUAUUUCAUCAAAGCGUAGUGGGUCAGUAAUAUUUCCAGAUCUGAAAACCAGUUCAUCUAUUGGAUUACAUUCACAUGGACUGAAGGUUGCCAAAGAAUACCCAGAAAAUUUUCUGCUUUCACCAGCUUUCAAGCUAUCCAAUCGAUUCCCUGUCAAUCUUAUAGAUCAUGCACAAGAAUUCUUUGCAGCUGGUCUUGAUUAAGUGCCAAGUUUUCAGUAUAGAGACUAUUGGUCACAUACUUGCAUGGAACUGGAGCUAAAAUAUGCGUUCUAUCAUUUGGUGGUUUAGUAGCUGCCUUCCUAAAUAAAUAAUGGGCCUUUUCAGAUUAAAUACUACUAAGCCUAGUUACAUGUUAUUUUUUAUCUAAUAUGGGCCAAAGUGGCAUGUUGGGCAUGAAAGGGCUAAGGUUACGAAGGUAGAAACAAUCAUGUUGGGUUACAUAAGGACUUGUCUUGCGUCCAUGCAGUGAAAGGUUUUUGACAGAAGCAUUUUGGUUCACCUUAAAAGAAAGUUUUCUAUGUUGCUGCACCAGGUGUCUCAAGUGAAGAUAUCAAAGUGAUUUUGAAUUUCGUUAAACACGAAUCAUCUGAAUACAAACAUCUGCAUAUGAAUUAAUAUUUGCUUAUGCUGUAAAUUUCAAUUUGGGUUGCUAUCAGAUGAAAUGUAUAUUUCUUUCUCCUUUGAUGGGCACAUCAAUCUUGUGUGUUCUUAUAAUUCCUAUUCUAUAACCUGGUAUACUUUUUAGGUAUUAAGUAUAACAGUGUUUAAUUUUGGUUUAGAUCUGUUCCACAUUUCUGUCAUCGUUUUCCCUUCCUAAGUUGGGUUUGGAAAUUUUUGGGAAAAUCUGCGUUUCAUGUUCUUAUCAUAUACUGGUCUAUCAACAUCUCUUUUUCUAUUAACCUGUUGAUGGAUCAGAAACUAUUGUGCAUUGCUCUAGAAAUUUGUUUGUCUAGACUCUUAAUAGAUGCAUAAUUUAUCAGGAGUUUUCUCCGAUGUGUUCAACUUUC